AUGGAUGAGUUUGAUGACAUCACUUUCUACUACCUCCCACGAGACGAAAACCAGAUGGCUGAUGCAUUGGCUAGUCUAGCAUCGAUGAUUCAGGUGAACAAGUUAGAGGUAAUGAAUCCUAUUCAGAUGAUCAUCUAUGAGACUCUGGCUCAUUGCAACAGUAUUGAGGAGGAGGGAAAAGAUGAUCAUCCUUGGUAUCAGAAUAUCCUGCAAUAUGUGAAGAACCGGGAGUAUCCUGAUCAAGCGACAGAGACUGACAAGAGAACACUGAGAAGAAUAGCCAUUGAAUAUGUCUUAGAUGGGGAUGUACUAUACAAAAGAGGGAAGGAUCAAGUGCUGUUAAGAUGUGUGGAUGCUGUGAAGGCUAAAAAGAUCAUAGAAGAAGUUCAUGAGGGCAUUUGCGGAACUCAUGCAAAUGUUUUACAAUGGCUAGACAGAUCAUGA